AUGUACUCAUCAACACCACCGCCACCAUUGCCGCCGCCUAAACCGAGCAGUCACGAAACUAGCCGACUGGGCACCCCUUCGACAUCGCAGUCACCACGCCCCUCACCACUGACUGACGGCGGCUUCAGCGGCGCAGACUGGAAGGGCAAAGGAAUAGACACUGACGCAUCAGGCCUGAUACCAGCCCCCUCACGCCAUAACUCCCAGAGGACACGCCAGCAACAUCAGCAGCAGCAGCAGCAAGCACCGCCAGACAUUCCAGAUCCAGGCGAGACCUGGCUCCCCAAGUUCCUGGAGGACAAGUCCAAGCAAGACCUAGCUGCAAUCCUCUCCUCGCCCUCCGUCCUCAACUCCCUGACACACUCACCCGUAACCGCUCACCCAUCCAUCACCCAGUCGCACGCGUCUCUGCAGUCCGCCCUGGCCGAAAACCUGGCCCUCACACAGCACCUGCUGGACCUGGAAUCCCAUCUCACAGUUCAGCGCUCCUCUACGCAGGCGCAACUUCUUUCCACACAUGCCCUGGAGCGCCAAUGGCGCGCCAAGCAGUCUGAGAUGGACAUGGCCCUGGCGCCGUUCGCGCCGGGCAGCCUGUACCAACGACUUACACAGGGACUGCAGGAGCAGGAGAUGAUAUGCAACGCUAUGGAGGAGAGCUUCUUGGAGGGCGAAGGAAGCGGGGACAAUGUUGCGACGGAGCGUGAGGUGACUGACUGGGUGCGACGGUACCGAGAGAGCAGGAAGCUGUUCUACCUUAGACAGGAGCGGAAGGAGAGGUGGAACGAGAGGCGAGUCGGGGGCUGGCGGUAA